GGGGAUAUUAUUGGGACACGUAGUGUAAAUUGGCGGGUUUAGAGAAACGAAUCCCAUUCUCGUUUCUUUCUAACCAACCGAGCUUAGCUUCGCUUCCUCUCCGUUCAUCAGAGCUUCACAGACUCAACGGAGAGAUUCAAUGUCAAUCACUGCAAUAUCUCCAACUCCAGGUCUUUCUACUUCCUCCCAUCAUCAAUUCACUCUCUCCAAUCGCCUUUCCCUUCUCUCUCUCCCUUUCUCUCGUCCUAACCGCCCAAUUCCACUUCCCGGCGGUGGCAAUUUCAUCGCCAGAACCAACGUUUUUGUCCAUUUUGAAACGAAAACGCUUCUGCACAAGCCUCACCGAUUAGCUUUCACUUUCUCUACUCGUGCUGCUGAUUCUACUCAGCCCUCUGCAGUUUCAGCUUCGCCGGAUAAAGCAGUAGUUACUGACGAUGAAUUCUCGCUUGCGAAAGUUUCAUUUGGUGUCAUUGGCUUAGGUGUUGGGGUUUCUUUGUUGUCGUAUGGAUUCGGUGCAUAUUUUAAUAUUCUCCCGGGAUCUGAAUGGUCUGCCAUUAUGCUAACAUAUGGCUUCCCUCUUGCUAUUAUUGGCAUGGCUCUAAAGUAUGCUGAACUCAAACCAGUGCCAUGCUUGACAUACUUAGAUGCUCAAAAACUGAGGGAAACAUGCGCCACCCCAAUUCUUAAACAGGUAAGAGACGAUGUUAUUAGGUUUCGUUAUGGGGAUGAACAACACUUGGAUGAGGCAUUGAAACGGAUUUUCCAGUAUGGUCUGGCUGGAGGAAUUCCUCGACGGAGUGCACCUAUCUUGGAAAGUAUACGUGAAGAAGUCACAGAAGAUGGGAAGUAUUGCCUGGUCUUGGUGUUCGAAGCCAAAGCCUUGACAUUGUCAGAUUUUGAGCAAAGACAGGCCAAAUUUGCUUCUUUCUUUGGACCAGGGAUAACUGCAGAAGUUGGGAAAGGAGAGAAUGAUUUGUAUGAAGUCCGGCUUAUUUCUAACAGUAUUCCCGGUGCUUCACCGUGAUAAAGUAUAUGGUGUAAUCAAAUUCUGCUACAUAUAAUGGUUUCAUUUAGUAUACAAACUGCUGUCCACUUGUGAAGUUCUGGUAAGUAUAUAUUCCUUUCAAUAUCCCUGCAAUGGAAAUAUUAAAUUUGGUCUCUAA